GUCUUCUCAAGAAUUGGAGGCCUGUCAUCUUACUGGACAACAAUAUUCUUUGGAAAUGUAAACAAGAUUCUCUCUCUUCCUCUCUCCCUUCCCCUCACCUACCUCCUACCUCCCCUCUCUCUCCCUUCUCUGCCUCCCUCUUCCAUCCCUCUCUCACUUCCUCUCUCCAUCCCUCUCUCCCACCAUCCCUACCUUCCUAUCACCCCCUCUCUUUCUCCAGAGCCCAGCCCUGUAGGUUCAGAGGUCAGAUCAGACUCUGUAGCGUCUCUCCAGUCCCAGACGUCCCUGGGCUCCGGUCCUGGCGGUGUGUCCGUCAAUUCCCCCGGUGGAGUGUCUAUUGGUUCUCCUGGUGUGAACGUGGGCUCCCCGGGGCCCAAGCGGAGUGGUUCCGGUACCGGGAACACGUUGAAGCGCUGGCUGACCAGCCCAGUGAGGAGAUUGAGCCAGGGCAAAGCCGACAGCCAGGGGAAAAAACCUCCACUACGCACCAGGAGACGAGACAACCGGCCCGAGCUAGUCACGCCGCUCACCGCUAACACACACCUGAAGGGGAAGAGCCGUGAAGACUCUGUCCAGAGUGGAGGAGAGGAGGAGCUGGAGGAGGAGCCACACACGCCCCUCCCACCUCCCAUGGAGAUCAUUAAAGAUAGCAACGACCCUGAGGACUCAGAGGGCUCCAACCAGUCAGACACAGAGCAGAAGAACAAAGCCAUGAGAGGCCGCAUGUUUGUGGUUAAUGAAAUGGUGCAGACUGAGAAGGAUUAUGUGAAAGACCUUGGUGUCAUCGUGGAGGGGUUCAUGUCGAGGUUGGAGGUGAAAGGGAUUCCAGAGGACAUGCGAGGGAAGGACCUGAUAGUAUUUGGUAACAUCCAUCAGAUUUACGACUGGCACCAGGAGUUCUUCCUGGUUGAGUUGGAGAAAUGUUUGCAGGACCACGACCGACUGGCAGAGCUCUUCAUUAAACAUGAGAGGAGGCUGCACAUGUAUGUGGUCUACUGCCAGAAUAAGCCCAGGUCAGAGUUUGUCGUGGCGGAAUAUGAGACCUUCUUUGAGGAGGUGCAGAGAGAGAUCAGCUGUAGAAUGUCCAUCAGUGACUUUCUCAUCAAACCCAUCCAGAGAAUCACCAAGUACCAGCUACUGCUCAAGGAUUUUCUGAAGUACACUUCUAAAGCAGGGAUGCACUGUGAGGAGAUCGAGAGAGCGGUGGAUCUGAUGUCUCUGGUACCCAAACGCUGUAAUGACAUGAUGAACCUGGGACGCCUGCAGGGUUACGAGGGGAAGCUGACGAGCCAGGGCAAGCUGCUGCAGCAGGAGACCUUCUGUGUGUGGGAGCAGGACGGAGGAGUUCUUUCCCGCAGUAAAGACAGACGCGUCUUCCUCUUCGAGCAAAUCAUCAUCUUCAGUGAGCUGCUCCGUAAAGGGUCCUCCCCACCUGGCUAUCAGUACAAGAAGAGCAUCAAGGUGAGCUACCUGGCCAUGCAGGAGUGUGUGGAGGGGGACCCCUGUAAGUUUGUUCUGUCAUCUCGGGGGUCCGCAGAGCGUUUCACCCUGCAGGCAGCCAGCCCCUCUGUCAAACAGCUGUGGGUCUCCCACAUCACUGAGCUACUGGACACACAGAGCAACUUCUUGUCUGCUCUGCAGUCUCCUAUAGAGUACCAGAGGAAGGAGGGUGGGGGAACAAACCUCCUCACCCGACCCCCCUCGGGCUUCGGCCCCAAAGCAUCGGGCCGACCCCCCUCUGUGCCCCCCACCCCUAACGGACACAACACACACACACAGGCAGACGGCGAGGCACAGGACGACGAGCUGGUGCUGGUGAUCCAGGACUUCAGUGCGGUGCGUGAGGAUGAGAUCACGGUACUUCGCGGGGAACGGGUCCAGAUUCUGGCAUCCAACCAACAUGGCCAGUGUCUGGUCUACCGACCGGCCAACACAGAGUCUCCACCUGCAGAGGGCUGGGUGCCGCGCAGCGUCCUGUUCAACCACUAACUACCAGUUAGAACCAGUCAGAACCAGUUUAGAACCAGUUAUAAACAGUUACACACAAACAGGAUGCCUUCCCCAUAACCAGUUACGGCCCAGUUACACUUCACUGAUGCCAGUAAGACCCAGUACCAAUCACACACAUCUGUUAUUAGUUACUGGUCCCAAACAGUUACACAUAGUUUAAACUAUUUAGAUCAGUUACAUACAGUCAGCUGCCCCUGUUAAACCAAUCACACACACACGUAGCAAACAUCCUCAACAACCGGUAGCAACCAUGAACACUAGUGACCAACUACUGUAGUUCCUCACACUGGUGAAAAGAGGCCAGAGAGCUGCAGGUCCAGACAGGGGGAUUUGAGGUGAAUGGACACACAGUAUGCCUAUGGAACAUCCCAACUGAUGAGGUCCAACUGAUGAGGCCACUGAAGGCCGCUGCCAACUGAUGAGGUCACUAAGGGCUGCUGCCUUUGGAACACCCAAACUGAUGAGGCCACUAAGCGCUGCUGCCAACUGAUGAGGUCACUAAGGGCUGCUGCCUUUGGAACAUACAAACUGAUGAUGUCACUAAGGGCUGCUGCCUUUGGAACAUCCCAACUGAUGAGGUCACUAAGGGCUGUUGCCUUUUGAACAUCGAAACUGAUGAGGUCACUAAGGGCUUCUGCCUCAGUCAUUCCGGAACUCUGGGAUUCUAGAAUAAAACAACACUGAGAACCGCUGUCAGAGACUCUCCCACCUCAUUAAGGAACCAGACUCAAGUGGAGGGUCAAAGGUAAAAUAUAUCGGCCAACAAGAUCUGCUGGAGACAAGCAAGAAGUUACGUUGUAAUAAUGGUUGUUUUUACAUAUCGGUGAAAAAACAUAGUGUCAGCACGUGAUGUUUCUGCUUUCAUGUCAUGGGGGUCAAAAUAAAUGGACUGAACCCUCACCCACCCACCCACCCCAACCCAUGACCCCGGUGAGGUGACAUCAUUUCCUGUUUGUUAAUAUGUGUAAAAGAAAGCGAAAGUCUCACCACGUAAAUAGAGCUCUGAGCGCAUUAUGAAGUAUAUAUAGUUCUUAUAUGAUUAAUAUAUUCUGUUUUUCACCUGAAUAGAAAACAGAGAGAAGAGAAGUAUUGUCACGUUAACGUCUGUAUGUGUGUGUGCGUGUUUGCGUGUGUGCGUGCGUUUGUGUACGAGUGCUUGCAUGUAUGGUGUGUGCGUGCGUGCGUGUGUGCGUGUGCGUGUGUGUGUGUGUUGGUGGUCCUUUGGGUUCUGUUUGUAUUGAAUAGAAACCCCUGUGUUCUCUGUGUUUUUUCACUGAUCAAUCCCUGUUUAAUUCCUGUGUCCCUUUGAUGUGGUUUCCUGUUCCUGUAGAGCUGCUGUUGGGCAGUGUGAAGGACUCAAGAGUGUGCAUCCUCAUACUUUUAAAUGUAACCCAGAGUUUGAACCGUAAUAUUAUGCAUUCUUUGGAAAAUAUGUAAAUAAUAUUUGACAGACAUGUACAUGAUUUAACAGGGCAAAAGGGAGCUGGGGAACACACCAGUCCAACUCCUUCAUGUUAAACAGAAACCUUGCCGCCAUAUUGGAUUUUCAGGUUUUAACUAACUGCUGAACUAGUUAACCCUUCAACUCUCCCCUGCUCAGGGUAAAAGUUGCCCUUCAGCACAGAUCUAGGAUCAGGUUACUCUCUCCCCAAUCUGACCUUAACCGUGAGAAGAAACACUAAACUGACCCUAGGUCAGUGUCUGGGGGUAACUUCUAAUCCUGGUUUGUAUCUGCAGUGGCAGCAUUGCUGCCUAUAGCUUCAUACUACACAGGUUAUACAGGCUCUGGGCAAAACUCAAAAGACAUCAUAUUCCCCAUGUAGUGCACUACUUUUGCCUGAAGCAGUGCACUAUAUGGGGAGUAGGGUGCGAUUUGGGACCUAGACCCUCUUAGCCAUACAGGUUAUUAUACAGUGAUGUGUACAUACAAAAUGGCUGCUAUCUCACCUCUAUGAGUUCUGUAUGGUGGUUUGUAAUAAAGACCAUUUUUCAUCUCUGAAAUGGAAA